AUUACGUCGCCUGACCGCUGCGAUAGCCUUGAAAACGGUGCGUUUCAGGCCACACCCGUCUCUGCAGUUGUCGGACCCCGAAGCCUCCGGGCGACCGGGUCGUUCUGGGUCCGCGUCGCUUCGUUGAUUAGUGGCAAAUUGUGCCCUAAAGCUGUGAUCUUUGCAAGACUUUUGGAUUGUGAAAUUGGGGUUGAUCAUGGAGAGAAGGAGAUGGUUGUUGUUGCUGGCAGUACUUGCUUGCCUGGUUGGUUGCUCAGCUGGGAGAGAGCUGAGAUUGAAGCACAAGGUUCAUGGCCAUGGCCCUGUAUACAAUCAUACGCUUGCUACAAUACUGGUUCGGUAUGCUUCUACGGUGUACGUGUCAGAUUUGACAGAUCUGUUUUCUUGGACAUGCGACCAAUGUAAUGGCUUGAUUAAGGAUUUUGAAAUGGUAGAGCUGAUUGUUGACAUCCAGCAUUGCUUACAGGCAUUUGUUGGAGUAGCAACAGAUCCUAAUGCUAUUAUAAUUGCCUUUAGAGGGACUCAGGAACACAGCAUACAGAAUUGGAUUGAAGACUUAUUUUGGAAACAACUUGAUAUAGAUUAUCCCGGCAUGCCUGAUUCAAUGGUGCAUCAUGGGUUUUAUAGCGCUUAUCACAACACCACCAUACGCUCUGGAAUUCUGAAUGCUGUUGCAAGAGCCAAAGAGUUUUAUGGAGAUAUUGGCAUCAUAGUGACGGGCCAUUCAAUGGGAGGGGCAAUGGCUUCAUUUUGUGCUCUUGAUUUAAGGGUCAAUCAGAAAGAGAAAAAUGUUCAAGUUAUGACAUUUGGACAACCUCGUAUUGGUAAUGCAGUCUUUGCAACUUACUAUAGCAAACUUGUGCCAAACACUAUACGAAUAACAAAUGGAAAUGACGCUGUCCCUCAUUUGCCUCCAUACUAUACUUACUUUCCUCAGAAGACAUACCACCACUUCCCAAGGGAGGUAUGGCUUUAUAACAUUGGAUUGGGAAGUCUUGUUUAUAAGGUUGAGAAAAUCUGUGAUUCCUCUGGUGAGGACCCAACCUGCAGCAGGUCAGUGAAGGGGAAUAGUAUUUCAGACCAUUUAGUUUAUUUUGGUGUCGAAUUAAUGGCCAAGACAUGGAGACCGUGCAAAAUUGUGAUGGGUCCUGGUUUACUGGAGCAUAAAAGAACAGAUCUGGAAGGAAAUUUUGUACUGUCCAGGGAUCUUGCAACUCCUGUUCUCAAAUUGAGAACACGACCAGAUGCCGGGGGAAAGCCUCUGUAGAAUGUCAGCAGUAGAAAUGUGUCCUGAAAAAGAAGCUGUUCCAUCUUUAUGCUUGAGAGCAUUUCAUUUAGAGAAAAGCCGUAACAAUGAAGAUGGGAGCUGGGGCUACAAAUGAUGCUAGUGUAUAUAUGUAUCUGUACCUGUACAUCUUCAUUCUUUGGAAUAUGAAUGCUGCCUCUGAGGCUGUGUUUACUUGUGUAAAUAACCAAUAAUCUGAUAUUUGUGAAGUUCUUUAUACCACCAGUACGUGCGUAUAUAAUCAAACGGGUCCCCUAAUCAGUGGCGGAUCCAGCGUUAUAAACUUGUCUAGCUAAUCGGAAAUACUCUUUUUUCUUCA